AUGCAUAAUCAAAUACUCUUCAAUACAGCAUUACUCUCUUUCAAUCAUUCUUCGAAUAAAUUUGGUGAUGAAGGAAUCAAAGUUUUUGUAAAGGCCCUUCACAAAAAUUCUACAAUGCAAUUUAAUUGCAUUAAUGGAGGCAAAGCUUUGGCAAAGCUCUUGCAAAAACAUGAAUUUGACCAUCUUGGAUCUUUAUUCUAA